CAUAGACUGGGGAAUGAGGAAAGGAGGAUCCUCCAACACCUGAUGGAGAAGGACCCAGAAGAUGACCACCACGUGGUCCGCAUGAAGGACUCCCUUGUGUUCCGGAACCACAUCUGCAUUUCCUUUGAACUCCUGGGUUCUGACCUGCAAGCCAUGGUGACUGCCAAGGGUAAGAGUGACUCAUAUGUGCGGAAGUGCGCAUACCCCAUCCUCAAGUGUCUUCAGCUGCUGAAGAGAGAGAACAUCAUGCACAGUGACCUCAAACUGGCUAACAUGGUCAUGUCAGACAAGGACCCCAACACUCUCAAGGUCAUCGACUUUGGUGUGAGCCUGGUACAGGAGCGGUUAAGACGCUAUAAUCGUAUCCAGACUCAGUCGAUCCGUGCUCCAGAGGUGACUCUGGGUCUUUUGUGCACCACUGCCAUUGACAUGUGGAGCUUUGGCUGCUGCUUGAUAGAGCUCCUCAUUGGAAGAGAAGCGUUCUCUGGAGCUGGAGAAAUUGAACAACUCACGCGCACCAUAGAGAUACUGGGAAUGCCUCCAGAAGAAUUAGUGGAUUUGUCAUUUCAAAGGAAUGUGUUUUUUGACAUGGAGGGCACGCUGAAAUAUAUCAGGCUCAACAACUCGGGGGAGAUAAUCCUGCCAGACUCCAAGAGGCUGGAGAGUCUUCUGGGCACCAGCGACCCUGACCUGCUGGACUUUAUCAAGCGUUGCCUAGAGCGCCGCUGCCCCGUCUCCUCCACCAAGAGGCAAAAGGUCAACUGUUACCCCAGAUGGUGGUGCAGCCAAGAGGGACGCAGCGACAUCCAAACCAGCUAG